AUGGCACAUUUGUCUAUAGAGUUCCUCCAUGUGAAACCUGGGAAAGGGGCAGCAAAUGUGAGGACCACGCUACGCAAUUACUUGACAGGAAAUCAAGUCGAGAAAACUUUCAGCGCUGGAAGUAAGAUUGAAGUGACACGUAAGGCUCUUGACAUACUUACUGGUGGAAAGUUUAAAUGCAUGGUGCAAACUAGAUUGGUCACUGCUUCACAUAACUACAGACAUCUAAAGAUUAUUGACGAGGCAGAUACAUUCAAAGAAACCAAACAAUACUUACAAAGAUGGUUCCCAGUACGCCUUUAUGGACUUGGCACACUUUUCAGAGUUCAUUUGAAGAAUUCCGUCUCAACGAGAAGGAUGUUGGGGACAAAUCGAAGUGGCUGA